GGAGCCAACUUGCAGUCACAUGACCAGGGGGAGGUUGACAAUACGGAACCCGGAGUCUGAAAAACACAGCCUUGGGAAGGAAUCUGGGGUCCUCAGACUGAUGUUAAAACAUGAAACAAGUGCACAUUGUCCUCUUCACCCUGUUGCCAUGGAUCCCAGGCCUCCUCUGUGGUGUCACCACCCAAGACGACCAGACGGUCCUGGAGGGUAAAUCCCUCACUGUCCCCUGUUAUUAUGACCCUCAGUAUGCCAGCUAUGUCAAGUACUGGUGCUGGGGAAGUAUGAGGGAAUUCUGCAGCAGCCUGGCCCGCACAGACGACGCCCUCCCUGGGGAGAAAGUAAGUAUUGUUGACGAUCCGGUCCAGCAGGUGUUCACAGUGACCAUGAAGGACAUGAAGGAGGACGAUGCCGGCUGGUACAUGUGCGGCGUGGAGAUUGGUGGAUUUUGGACCGCUGACGUCACAGCCUUCACUUACAUCAAGGUCACUCCUGGAAUGACGGUCGUGAACGACAGGCUGAGUGGCGAAGAAGGGAGUAGCGUCACAGUUGAAUGUCUGUACACUGAGAGACACAGAGAGAGUGAGAAGAAAUGGUGUCGAAGUGGAGACUGGAAUUCCUGCCUGCCGACAGGCCCGGGAGGCAGCUUCGAGGACUCGUCAGUGGCCAUCCACGACGACAAAACCGGGACUUUGACCAUCACCAUAAAGAGGCUGCAGAUGAGCGAUAUGGGCUGGUACUGGUGUUCUGCCGGACAGCAAAACGUUGGCGUGCAUGUGCAGGUCACACCCCGAACAUCAACGACGCCACUUCUUGUGACGUCUCAAGCUGCAGCAAGCCAGCUUGUUGUGGUUGCGCCUCCCCCCGACCUCACCACCAAGGAUUCCUGGACGUGUCAAGUUUUCACCUCGAAGACGAUGAUGUUGUGCGCUUUAUUCAUGCUCUUUGUCGGCUUGGCAAUACUAGCCAGGAGGCUGCAGAAACAUGAGCAUUUUGCAAAGCUGAGACAAACUAUGGGGAGGAAAGCAAACUGCAAGGAGAACAUUGGGAUGGCGGCGACCUGAAAAUUCUCAUCAUCACUUGAAUUUCCUACACCGUAUAUUGCAUGCGUUGCUGCACUUGUUGCCACUUCCUGGGGCUGAAUGUAAUUUGUGAUGGUCAGCUUUAUACAUUUAUGAUGUCGUUGUUUUGAAAAGGCUACAAGCAAUUCUCCAUGAUUGAUUCUCUUUAUUUUUAUGGGGUGUUAAUAAUAGAUUUCCCAGGACUGCCUGGGACUGCCUUGAGCACCGAGGCAAGGGUGAUGGUACAACACAGUAUAUCUUUUUUUGUGAACGCCAUGUGAUGCCUGGAGAAAUGCUCUUAUAUGUACAAAAAUACACUUUAAGACCACAACGCAAGACUUCAGUCUUCAGGAAUGUAAAUUAUUUUGAAACUAUGUUGCCUGAUUUAGAUGUACAGUCAUCGUUCGGUUAAUUGGUUAAUAAAAUAAUUUGCUCGGAUUCAAUAUUAAUAAACUAAAUAUUUUUGUAGUUAGAGCAUAGAAGACUUGUUUAUGACUUUCUAAACAUGGAUUUAACAUUAUUAGAGCCCUGCAAACAUGAAGUCACUUUUAGACUCUAUUAUUCUUUGUUUACAUCACAUUGGGCGGGCGACAGGACCUCUGCAGGGACAUAACAGACUUCCUGUUACGAGAAGAAGGAAAAAGAAGCCCAGAACGUACCACUUCCACACGGAAUGAGAGGAAAACCUUUUUUUCCACUCUCAUCUCAGCCAGGGCAUGUCGGCUCGGCUAUGCUAGCUCAGUAGCCAGUCUCCAUGCAGUGUGAAAGGUAAUGUGAUCUACCGUCAUGUCUCGUAACAUUACUGAUGCCUAGAGACAAGAAUACUACAUAUAACUUGUUUUUCAAUAUUUUUUUUUACUAAUAAUAGGCCAGUCAGCCACGGAACAUUUAUUAUUGUUUUUCUAAAAACGUAAUAUAGUGAGGGAGAGAUAUUCGAACCGCAACAUAGCGAGGGACGACUGUACUGGCAACUGUGAUCACAUGGUAUUGUAAAGGCUAUAGCUUCUCUUUCUUCCUGUUUCUUUGGACUGUGCCCCUAUCGGAGAAACUGUCAAUCAUCACACAAUACGUAUAAAAGGUUUUCAAAUUGUAUUAAAAUAUAAGAGCCAAACUCUAUCAUCAAUGAGGAAGAGGCCUGAAUGAAAGUACGCAGAGUCUACAUAGCAGUUGCCGCACGCACCCCUUUGGCAAGGGAAAGUUACCUUUGUGUAGAUGUGAAAGUUAAGCUUGUGUGAGAAAAAUCCAUUAGUUCACUAUUAUAGUUAAUAGUUCCAAUACAACUGAUACCACUAAUAAUUAUGACUGUUUCGAUACAGUAUUAUCACUGUGGCUGUUGAUAUUAUUUUGUUAUUUCCAUUAUGGUCUUUAUGACCGCCAUAAACAUCUGCUGAUGUAGUCCUGUUGUUUGUUUCGGUUGCUUUGUUAUUGUUGUUGCGAUUGCUGUUGUUGUCUGUCUCUGUAUUAUCCCCCCUCUAGUCCUUGUCACUUCCCCCUCCGUCUUCUUUUCUCUUCUUCUCCAUCCUCUCCUGUUCCGGUCUGGCCUCUUCAAAUUU